GGUCAAACAAGCGGCCGUUGAGGCCUUUGCCUGGUCAGAUUUCUCUGGUCAGAUCCUCGAUCCUCAUCGGACGCUGACAGGCAUGGCUCUGCCACUUCUGCCUGGCAACAGCUUUAACCGCAAUGCAGGAAAGGAGAAAUUCCAUAAAUCCCAACACUGGGGCUUUUGUAACAAUGUCAGGAUGCUGGUGAGUGAUGAGAAGCCUGGAAUAGGUGGAGAGCUGCUACCUGGGCAAAAGAUAAGGCCUAAGAACACUGUAUAUCCCAAAGGAGAUGGAGCCGAUGCACCAUCCUGGGUAGCUUUUGAUAAACAGGUAUUAUCUUUUGAUGCCUAUGUGGAAGAUGAAGUGCCUGAUAAAAGGCAAGAAAAGUAUAGAAUAAGAUACUAUAAAAUCUAUUUCUACCCUGAAGAUGACACCAUUCAAGUAAAUGAACCAGAAAUGAUAAAUAGCGGACUGCCUCAAGGCACUUCUAUCAGGCGCCAUCGGAUUCCUCUCCCACCUCCGGAUGAUGAUCUGUUUUAUACUGUGUUUCACUUUAAUAUCAACACAGCUGUUGUCUUCUAUGGGCGCAAGUUCAAGAUUUAUGAUUGUGAUACAUUCACAAAAAAUUUUCUAAAGAAAAUAGGAAUCAAACUUAAUCCUCCAGAACCACGUCCAGUAGAUCCCUACAUGAAGAUGCGGAGAGAGAUAUUAGAGUUUGUGGAUCCCUUUCGUCCCUAUCAGUAUUUUGACACUCUGAAACGGUUCCUCCAGUAUGAUGGGAAGGUUUUGCGUUUCUUCUGCCUGUGGGAUGACUCAACCUCACUGUUUGGGGACCGUAGAGAACUUGUCCUGCAUUACUUCCUGUCUGAUGGUACUGUUGAAGUCAGAGAAGUACUGCCACUUAAUUCAGGCCGGGAUGCCAUGUCAUCAUUCCUUCGGAGGAGUAAGCUUCCCAAGUAUGGCCCACCUGGAAUCUUUCAACCAGGCCAGAUAACAAAUCGAGCAGUCCUCAAUGUGUAUGGGGGCUUGUCAGAAUGGCGAGCAGAUGGCUACCUGUUGGAUAAAUACCAGCUAGGAAAAAUAGAGCAAGAGUUUUACACAGACCAGGACCUGGCUAUAGGUGCCACCAUCAAUGUGUGGGGAAGGAAAGUCCUCCUCUGUGACUGUGAUGAAUUUACCAAGACCUAUUACAGGACAAAGUAUGGAAUUGAUAAUUUUACCGCCAUUUCAUGCAAGCCUCCUCCUCUUCCAAAAAUAGAAAGGAAGUACCCACCUUACACUGGCUUUGGAUCUGAAGAGGAUUCUUUCCGCUCCUGUGUGGGCCUCAAGCCCACACCUCAUCGGAGGAACUUCAAAAAAUUCGUGGAACUAGACAGCUAUGGAAACAUAAGUAAUACACUCCGGUAUUUUGCAAAACUAGUCACAGACAAAUGUGCUGAUGCGGACAGGAUGUUUGUUAUUGCGUUUUAUCUCGGUGAUGACACAAUUUCAGUAUUUGAACCUAUAGAGAGGAAUUCAGGAAACACUGGUGGGAUGUUCUUGAAAAGAAGUCGCGUGAAAAAGCCUGGUCAAGAAGUCUUUAAAAGUGAAUUUUCAGAAUACAUCAAGGCUGAGGAGCUCUAUAUUGGAACCACAGUGAAUAUAAAUGGCUACCUGUUUAUUCUGCUUAAUGCUGAUGAGUACACCUUGAGGUAUAUGGAGAAUAACACAGACAAGUUUCCAUAUAGCAACCUUGACUUUGCUGUACAAAAGCUGAAACAAGAAAAAUCUAAAUUAAGAGAGAUCACGCAGAUAUUUUCAGCUGUUGACAGUAAUCACACGAAAGUGGUGCCUUAUAAUACAUUCAGAGAAAUCCUAAUGAACAUAACUAUGGGGAAGCUCAUAGAGCAGGAAUUCAUAACCAUUGCACGUCACUACUGUGUGCCUGAAAUCAGGGAUCCAGAUAUAACUUGCUUAAUUGCACAGGCCCAUGAAAAGUUCAAGAAAAAUAUGUUUGAGAAUUUUGACACAUUCAUUUAUAACUGUGUGUACGAAGACAGAGAAAAAAAAGGUGUAUUACCCACCAAAGACAUCAAAAGAAUGUGCAAGUCCUCCAGGUUACCUUUGAGUGAUGACCUUCUGGAUAGCUUACUGUCCAGGUUUGAAGACAAAGAACAACAAAUAAAUUACGAGUUAUUUUUUUCUAUCCUGAACUGGAGAAUGAAUCCAACACCUGAACUGCAAUCCCCACCAUACCUUAAAGAGAAAUGUGAAGAUGUUUGGAUGGGAAUGCCAUCACCGAUUCCUGCAAAAUACAUUAGAUACUUAGACUUUUUGAAGGAAGUGUAUGGCUUAGAGGAGAACGGACUGUGAAAGUUUCGAUUGACUCUCUUUGAUUUACUGCUCUCAUUUUGCCAUGUUUAUUUUAAUAGAUAUAAUUUCAUUAAAAACAAAAAAGAAACAAGGUUUGUAUUAAAUGGAAAUCCAUAAACCACAUUUAAUCUUCUUUUGUCGCUGUAGUUCUUCAGAACAAACAGCCUGUUACACUGCUGAUGUACCGGCACUAUUAAAAAUACCAUUUAAAA